GCCUUUCCUGCGCUUUCCUUUUGCUUUCCUGAGCUUGCCUCGCCGCGCUUUGGAGAGGUCUGCAGCGGCUCCGAGUCCGUCUGCCAAGUAGGGGAAACGAGGCCGAGAAGCGGGAGGCGUUGCCCCCUGCUGGGCCACGCCGCCUAAAGCGAGGCCGGGGACCCAGGCCUCGGGGUCUGCGCUCCCAGGACCGCUGGGGUCGGUGGGUGGGCGCCGGGAGCAAAGGCCCUCCCGCGUCCUUUGCCCCCUACGGCGCCCCCUGCAGCUCCGGGAGGCUCCCUGGAGGAGGAGCUCGGGACCCGGAGGAGGAGCCAGGGCAGCCUCCGGGAGCGGGAGCCGAUCCUUUGGUAUAAAAGCCGGAGCCCGGCGGGCAGAAGAGCUCCGGGAGGGAACUCAUGGAAGAGAAGCAGAUCCUGUGCGUGGGGCUGGUGGUGCUGGACAUCAUCAAUGUGGUGGACAAGUACCCCGAGGAGGACGCGGACAGCAGGUGCUUGUCCCAGAGAUGGCAGCGUGGAGGCAAUGCGUCCAACUCCUGCACCGUUCUCUCCCUGCUAGGAGCCCCCUGUGCCUUCAUGGGCUCACUGGCCCCGGGCCAUGUUGCUGAUUUUGUCCUGGAUGACCUCCGCCGCUAUUCCGUGGACCUGCGCUACACGGUCUUUCAGACCACGGGCUCUGUCCCCAUCUCCACAGUGAUCGUCAACGAGGCCAGCGGUAGCCGCACCAUCCUACACGCCUACAGGAAUCUGCCAGAUGUCUCUGCUAUGGACUUUGAGAAGGUUGACCUGACUCGGUUCAAGUGGAUCCACAUUGAGGGCCGGAAUGCGUCGGAGCAGGUGAAGAUGCUGCAGCGGAUAGAGCAGCACAACGCCAGGCAGCCUCCGGGGCAGAAGAUCCGGGUGUCCGUGGAGGUGGAGAAGCCCCGAGAGGAGCUGUUCCAGCUGUUUGGCUAUGGAGACGUGGUGUUUGUCAGCAAAGAUGUGGCCAAGCACUUGGGGUUCCAGUCAUCAGUGGAGGCCCUGAGGGGCUUAUACAAUCGUGUGAGGAAAGGGGCUACGCUCAUCUGUGCCUGGGCUGAGAAGGGCGCCAAUGCCCUGGGCCCCGAUGGACAGCUGCUCCACUCCGAUGCUUUCCCACCACCCCGGGUGGUAGAUACUCUGGGGGCCGGUGACACCUUCAAUGCCUCUGUCAUCUUCAGCCUGUCCCAAGGAAAGAGCAUGCAGGAGGCACUGAGGUUUGGCUGCCAGGUGGCCGGCAAGAAGUGUGGCCUGCAGGGCUUCGAUGGCAUCGUGUGAGUGCCAAGUGGCAGGAGGCAUCACUUCAUUACCCACCUUGGGGGCCAAUGUCAUUGCCUGCCGUUGCCUUGUCCCCUCCAUCCAGCCCGGCAUCCGGGCUGCCCUGCUCCUGGGCAGAUGCCAGCCAUGAGAGGGCUCCGCCUGUCUCCUGGCAUCUCACACUGUGGAGCCACAGAGCAAAUAAAUCUCCUUCCCCAGA